AUGAGUGAAGAAUUUCAUUCGACUUGGAUACGUCACCCUAGAAAUUUAUUUACAAUCGAAGAAAAUAUUGACGAAAAGCAGGCGAAUAGUCAUGUUGAUCGAUUGAGUUUAUUGUGUUCAUUUUGUAAAACACAUUUAUCAUCAUUGGCAGUCUAUAGAGAACACUUACUUUUGUGCGGCAACAAGACUGAUCAAUGUCCGAAAUGUCGAAAAUUUAUUCGAAGAGCUACGUUCGCUUAUCACUAUGAAAACAAUUGUGCUAUCGUACACGAACUGGAUGAUUCAGUCAGUACGAUGUCAACUGGAUUUGAUCUGUUACCAUCAAUAUCGAAUGUCGAUGAUUCGCUAACGUUCUCAUCGAGGUCAAACAAAGACGAUGUUAAACAUAAACAACAUCGUGCGACGCUUAUUUCUAAUGAAGAUAACAAUGAUACUUCACAUAUGGUUCCAUGUACCCUUUGUGGCCAAAAUUACGAUGAAACUGCUUGGAAAAAGCAUCAAGAGAAUUGUCUUCAAAACUCAUCUACAAGUACGACAUCCAACGCUGAACAACGAGAAUAUAUGAACAAUACAAGCCGGAGUAACAACAAAUCUUUUAGUACUCGAUGCUAUCAAUCGAAUUUUCGUGAAUCGGUGCCUUGUCAAUAUUGUAAUGAUAACGAACUAUUUGAUACGGAACAGCUGAGUGAUCAUUUGAAAAUGUACCAUCAAGACAAUCAUCAACCAAUUUUACAGAGACACAUUCGACGACAAUUAAUUACUUCGGCUGUUCCAUGCGAAUACUGUGAAGUGCUGUGCCCAUUUGAUGAUAUCAAUCUUCAUCAAAGAUUAUUAACAAGCUAUGAAGAUUAUCCUAACUUACUGAUAACAGAACAACAUUUUAGCGAAUCUGCUUAUCUGGUUCGUGGCUAUGGCAACGAAACACCACUAUGGCAUUAUAUUCUUGUUCCUGCUAGUAAAGUUGCGGAUCUAAAUGCUUACCAAAUGAAUUCAAAAAUCGAUAUCAAAGCCUUCGGAAGUGUAAUUAAAUAUCUCAGUCAUAGAUUUGAAAUAAAAACAAUGUCUGGAGUAGGGCUUUAUCCGCCGAAAAUAUUUCAAACAUGGAUUGCAGAGCAUUACAGUGUUGCUGCUGUUGAUCAAAACAUCGAUUUAAUGCACAAAAAUGAUGAUAUUCGAUUGUGUACAAUGCAACGUGCCGUACCGGAACAACUAUUAGGUGUUCGAUUCUGUUACUUUAUACAACAGCAAUUUCAUUAUAUCAAACUAAAUGAAAACUUACCAUCGAGUUUAGCUCAUCGAGCUGGACUAAAAUCCUAUGAUCGAAUCAUCUUUUUCAACGAUGUUAAUAUUGAAAAUGAAAAUUUCAAACAGUUCUUGCAUCGUUUUAAAACCGCACGACAUCUUCCAGUUCAAAUGCUUGUCUGUAGCCCAACAACGUAUUCACAUUAUAAAGCUGUUGGCAAAGAUUUUCAUUGUGAACUUCCAACGGUUCAACGUCUAAAACCUGUUUAUGCAACAUCAACGUCAAACUCUAAUACUGAUAGACCAGAAAUUGUCUUUAACAGUCGAUGUUUUUAUGCAGUCAAAUGGAAAAACAGCGAUAUUGUCUCAGCGAUACCUCAGUCAGCUAUUUUAAAAUCACCCGAGUAUACCAAAGUCGACGAUGUUUGCUUCAUUGAAACGAAAGGGCGGUAUCGGGAAGGACAAAUUCUGCUUAAAGGUUCACGCAGUGAUUGUAAAAAGUUGUGCACACAUCAGGGCUUAUCAGGAAUCGACGAUAUUUUCAGCACGUUAUCUAAUUUCUUCAUCAGAAAACUGCGAGACACUUUUAAUUCAACUAGAAAUACUAGUCCUGCUUUUGUCGAAGAUAAGUCCCUAUUUUCAUCGGAUAAGCUAACAACAGACACUAUGCCAGAUAAAAUAACUAUUCAACGUCCAAGUGAUCAUAUAAAAAUGGUUCAGAACACUAAUGCUCUUCAAUGCAUUCAACAUGGUAAAUGUACCACGCUGGAAGAACUUCCAAACGAAUUACUUGUUCAUGCAUUUUCUUUCAUUGACAUUCAUAAUUUAUUUAAUGGCUUGUGGGGACUCAACUCACGACUGAAUAGUAUUAUGCAAUCAUAUCCAAAUCUAUCGUUAACUUUCAAUAAGAAUAUUAAUCCAUCAUCAAUGAAAUUAUACGCUCCUUGCAUAAAUCGAUUAGUAAUUCAAACGUCAACUGCAUUUGAUUUAAGUCAAUUUAAUAAUUUACAUAAGUUAAUAUUAUGCGAUAGAAACUGUGAUCAUUUGGCACAAAUUCAGCCUAAAAUUAUUCCAAAUCUGACUCAUCUAUCUUUUUUACUAGGACCUGAAUUCGUGGCACCGUCGCAACUAAUUUCCGAUGUGUUUUCUAAUCAAUUUCCAUCUCUAAGGCAUGUUAAUUUAGGUUGUAUUGACGAGUCGACUUGUGACUUAUGGACUGUAUCGCCUUCACUUCAGUUUGUGUCAAUCCUUUCUUGCAAAUCCAACUUUGUUCCUAUCAUUCUUACGUCAUGUCCUAAUCUGCAACACCUUCAAAUUCAUAUUUUACAUAACAAUAAUAAUAUGGUAGCGUCCUCUACUUCACUACGAAACCAUCCACUUCGACGAUUUACUAUUUGGAGCGAUUAUUUUGAACUAGUUUUAAAUGAUAUUGAUAAUCUUCUUGUUUAUACACCCAAUAUUGAAUAUUUAUAUUUACAAGCUGUAUAUCCCAUGCCGUUUAUCGAUUUAGCUAAUAGACUGGCUAAUCGACUGAAUUAUUUGUCUCAAUUCGAUUGUUAUAUCAAGGAAAUGUUGACUCGUGAUAAUAGAAAUUCUAACUGCAUGAAUGUACAUCGAAUUCAUCAUUGUUUUAAUCGAAUCAAAUGUAUAGAAGAAAAUGAUGAAUUUCGAAUAUUUUCCACCUAA